AUGCAGGAAAAACCGGGUGCGGUCGCCGCUUACGCCGCGGGGGCUUCACUCGCCGCGAUCGCCCUGUUCUACGUGUUCAGCCCCAACUACACGAUCGAUGGAGACGAGUCCAACAGCACCAACCGCAAAAAGAGCAUCGUGGGCCUGUCAAAUCUGGCCAAUGACUGCUUCAUUAAUUCCGUGCUGCAGGCGCUGGCCGGACUGGGGGAUCUUCGAGUCUAUUUAAUCCGAGAGCUGCACCGGCGCGAGCUCGAUGGACCUGAGAUCUACCAGUCUGUACCGAGUCGAGACGAACUUGAGCGUGGCCAGCGGCCGGAUAAACUGCGGGAGCUACAACAGGGAAGCGUUACGCGGGCACUCAAGGACAUGCUGGACCGGUUGAACGAGCGCCCAAUCUACAAAAAGACUAUCACCGCGCGAUCGUUCAUACAAUCGCUGGAGUAUGCGUUUCGGACGCGCAUCAAUCGCAACCAACAGGAUGCGCAAGAGUUCUUGCAAAUUGUCUUGGAGAGGCUCUGCGAUGAGUAUCAUGCUGGUGCGCGGGCACGGCAACGCAUGCUCGGUCCUGUCGACCCGCCUGCAGGUUCAGGUGCGGCGGAGGCUCAAGACAGUCCGGCGGAGGUGGAGGUGCGCAUUGAUGACGGGUCUGCAAAUGGAUUGCCCGCGAUUAUCGAUACCAAAUUGAAGGAGAUCGAUCAAGAGCCCGGAUUCCCGUUGGAGGGCAAGCUGGAGUCGCAGAUUGAAUGCCAGUUCUGCCACUACCAGUACAAACCGAACCAAACCACCUUUGUCAAUUUGACGCUCCAAGUGCCACAAAAGAGCUCGGCGACGCUCAACUCAUGCUUUGACGGCCUACUCAAGACCGAGUAUAUAGAUGACUUCCGGUGUGACCGAUGUCGCCUACAGCAUGCGGUGGAGCUCAAAACUCAGGAGCGAACCCGAGCACGCACAAAGAGCGACCAGGAACACCUGGACUGGGAGAUCACGCGGAUCCGGGAGGCGUUGGAGACAGACCCCGAGGGACCGCUGGAAGGAGUCACGCUGCCGCCGUCGGAGCAGGCCCCGAAACGGAAAAUUGCUCGACAUAUGCGCAUCACGGCAUUCCCCAAGGUCAUCGCCAUCCACCUGUCCCGGUCCAUCUUCGAUCGGAGCUCCUCGUCCAAGAACGCGGCCAAGGUUUCCUUCCCCGAGCGGCUUCCGUUGGGUGGGAUCUUAAAUCAAACCUGGUACAAGCUCCUGGCCAUUGUCUGCCACAAGGGCAGCCAUAACAGCGGCCACUACGAAUCCUUCCGGCGCAACCACCUGUACGCGCCCUUCUCCACCCCCGAGGCGUUCAGCUCGUACGCACAGAGCCGCGUGGCGAGUGCGAACCCCUCGGAAGCACCUAGUCCACGACUUGCACCGCGUAGCGUCCCAGACGUCGACCUGUUAGGCGGCGGCGGUGGGGAGGAGGGCGGCAGCAGCAGCAUCUCAACCGCGACCUCGUCGACCUCACUUUCCGGCGCAUCAAUACCGUCCACGCAGCUAACCCCUCCAUUACCGCGACCCACGACGGCCAGCUCGCCCCGAUCCUUCCAGAGCACGCACUCCCGCUCCUCCGUGUCGCAGCAGACCGUGUCGCCCGGCUCCGACAGUAACAGUCCCACGACCGACCACGGCCGCUGGAGCAGCUCGCCGCGCCCGUCUACUGCCCGCACUAUCUCCCGCUCAUCCCCGGACACGCCGACGGGGGUUGGCUCACGCCUCCGCCGGCGCCGCAAGCCGAAUGAUCGCUGGUGGCGCAUUUCGGACGAGAAGAUCAAAGAGUGCAAGACCUCCGAUGUGCUGGGCAUGCAGCGCGAGGUGUAUCUGUUGUUCUACGAGAUGGACAGGCCCGAUCCGGGCCUCGCGGGGCUCGAGUGA